GAUGGGAUGAUAGGGGUAGGUUUGGAUGUCGUUCAUGAACUAGCUAAAUAUGUAUUUAUAUGGUGGGAGUUGUUUUCAAUAAAGACGGUUGUAGAUGAGAAUAGUGUAGGGAGGCCAUGACUGGCAUUACACUCCAGCACAGUAGGUGGCGGUAGAUGCAACUUAACGUUGGAUUCGAUCCACCAACCAAAACUCAAGAACAAAGUUGUAACAGGAAGAAAAAGGAGGAUUGGAGCGAUUUGUAGUUGUGUUUGACAGUCUUGAUGCAACUCGAAUUGAAAAAUAAUGCAGACGGUUGUACGAAAAAGACGAACCAGUGCAGCACAACCAACAUCAAACCAUAGCAAAUCGGGGGCAAGGGAAAAAUGGGCAUCGGAAAAAAAAAACUUCCACUUUGACAUAUGGUUCUGCCUGAUGUUACAGAACUGGGUACUGGACUUCGGAAGGCCUAUUGUUAUGAUUAUCCUUCCUCUGGAGUGGUUUCCCCUAAACAAGCCUAGUGCUGGGGACUACUUUCAUAUGGCUUACAAUGUCUUAACACCCUUCCUACUAUUAAAGCUGAUAGAGCGCAGCCCCAGGUCUCUCCCACAAUCGUCAGUUUACCUCUGCAUCAUCACAUUUGUCAUGGGCGCCAGCAUCCACCUGGUGGGAGACUCCAUCAACCAUCGCCUCAUCCUGAGUGGCUACCAGCUUCACCUGUCAGUCAGGGAGAACCCCAUCAUAAAAGAUCUUAAACCCACCUCGUUGAUUGAUUGUUUUGAACUGCUUUAUUAUUACGAUGAACAGUUGGGACAUUUAAUGUGGUACAUUCCCUUUUUCCUUAUACUCUUCCUAUACUUCACUGGUUGCUUCACUCAAAUCAAAGAGGAGAAGAAAAUGCCCUUGUCUGGUUGGCUGUUACUCUGGCCCAGUGCUCUCUACUAUUGGUAUUUGGUUACAGAGGGCCAGAUCUUUGAACUUUUCCUUCUCAGCUUCCUUGCCAUGGGUGCUUUGGUGGUGCACCGAUGGCGAAAAGGCUCAAGCUUGGACAGCAACGGAGAGUUUCUGUUUUACAGUUUCUUUCUUACCAUGGGCCUGGUGGCGGUAUGGGUAACCUACCUGUGGAACGACCCAGUGUUACGCAAGAAGUACCCUGGGCUCAUCUAUAUUCCAGAACCCUGGUCUUACUACACUCUAUACAUUAAGGACAGCCGUUGAAGGAAGGAAGGUAGCCUGUGAGCUUUAGCAUUUUUUUUAAUGAUCUGCCUGUUUCAGGGAGUAUGAUAACCAAUGGCCUCGGUGCUAGAUUAUGUACAAUUUGGUUUGAUGAUAUUUCAUUUUAGGAUGAUUAAGUGAAAUUUUUUCAGCACAUAAAGUAAAAAAUGUAAAUGGCUAAAGUAGAUAAUUCAUUGUAGACCUAAUGGCUGUCUUCCUCUCUCUUCACAACGAUCAAAUGGUAAAAACAGUUAGGAUACGCAAUUAUUAUGUCAUCUUAUUUCUCUGUCUUAAAUGUAGAAGUGGUCGUUAUAAAGUAUAUGAUACAAGUCUGCUAAUGUUGAUGUUCACAUCCUUUUUCAUUUCAGUUGCACUGUUUAAUUGCAAGUGGAAUCUGGCUUGACCAUCACUGAAUCGUAUCUGCCCUGUUUGUCACAAAGUGCUUUAAUGUUAACUGAGAUUCAACCCAAACCCAGUGUUAUUUUGUUAUUCUUUUUGAGUAGCUAUAAGCCCUGAGUGGCCAACAAUGUAGUCUAUUCCAGUGUUGCUGUAAAACGUCCUGUUGCACUCCAAAGACAUGCAAAGGUCAGAGAUACUUGAACAUAUUCAUAUUAAAUGAUCAAAGUUUUUUUGUGUUAUGUUUUAUAAUAAAUAAAAACAUGCCACUUUUG